AUCCUGUGCCUCGUCCCGCUCCCCCUCCCCCCAAAUAACUACAAGAAACACCACCCCCUGAAAUUCAACCCAAACACCUCCUCUCCGCCAACCUCCAACCCACACCAAUCCACCCUCAACUCACAUCGCCCCCAAGACCCCCUUCAGAAUCUUCAUAUCCUCAUUAUCCCUCCUCUUCCUCUCCAUCUCCGCCACCAACGUAACCACCACCUCCCCAAACUGCCAAUCCGUCAACCCCUCCCUCAGAAUCACCAACCUCCCCUCGCUCCGGCUCGUCCCCCCGCCCGCAUCCGCCCCAUCCCUCGCCACAAACUUAGCCACAUACGCGGCGGCCCCAUCCCCGCCAUCCUCCAUCAACACCAUCGCCCCAUUCUCCACCACCCACCUCAUCUUGCCCUGCGACCCGGCCCCCAACCCCGUCUGGCUCACAAACUUCUUCCGGAACCGAUACUGCCCACCCCCCACCCCACCCCCCACACCCCCGGGGCCAUGGAGAUAGGCGUCCGCCUUCUCGGUCGUCAGGCUGUGGAACAGCGCGCCGCCCAGCUCGGGCCCGCUGCCGUCGCCGCCGCGGUGGAUGGUCAGCUGCGGGGUGAGGGAGAGCGAGGACGGGUAGAGCACGGUGAACAGGGGUGCGGAGCGGUCCGGGGUCAGGAAGGUCAUUUGCCGCUUGGAGGUCUGCACGAAGGGGUACUCGAUCGGGUUGUACAUGUACCCGCUGCCGCUGCCGGUGUUGGGCUGGGGUUGGUGGUAGGGUUGUUGUUGUUGUGGUGGUGGUGGUGGUGGUGCUUGGUGCUGUGUCGGGUAGGGUUGGGGUGGAGGGGCGUAGGUUGGGUAUUGGCCGUACGGGUGUUGGUAUCCUUGGGGUGGGAAGUUUGGGUUUUGGUUCCAGCCCAUCGUGUUGGGCGGCGGCGGCGGCGGCGGCGGGAAGCCCUGGGAGAAUUGGUUUUGGGGUUGGUGUUGAUGCAUGUUUUGUUGGGCGUAAGGGGGUGGUGGCCCAAGAAGCGUCUUGACGAAUGAUGACAUAGUUUCUCGUGAACAACGAUACGGUUGAGAGAUGUGGCCGAUGUGUGCUUGACUGGGUACAAUGAAUAGGGCAAAUGA